GUACAUGAGAAGAUGAAGGAGAGGAAAGCCAAAAAGGCCGCGAAGGCUCUGAAGCGCAAGAGGGGACUCAAGAAGUUCCUCAAGCACUCUUGGAAGCACAGGCUGCACCACUCAGCCCUUCAAUGGGAUGCCGAGAAGGUACAUGAGAAGCUGAAGGAGAAGAAAGCCAAGAAGGCUGCGAAGGACCUGAAGCGCAAGAGGGGACUCAAGAAGUUCCUCAAGCACUCUUGGAAGCAGAG